CUUCACUGAAACUCCGCCUCCUUCGGGCUCGGUUUUCUUGCUGCUUCGCCGCCGAUUCAGGCAUCUCUACGGCGGUAUAUUUAUAUUUAUUUAUGUUGACUUCUAAUCAGCGCUAAAGCUUGAGUAUGGAAUCAGCAGUUAAGAAAUAUCAGCAAAGAUUCAGAAAAGUGAAGGAUGAGAUUGAUAGGUGGGAGGAGCUUCAUACUAGAUUGCUUUCCCAAUUUGCUAAUGCUUCCUCCAUCAUCCAGAGAUUGCAGGUGAUUCAAGGUUCAAAAAACUAUGGUGCCUUGAAAUGUAUUCAAGGUAUUGAAGAUGCUGUAUUGGCAAAACAGUUGAAUUCUCUGCAAAGUAUUAUGCUUUCUAUGAAUAAGACUUUGGAAGGAUUUCAUUCCAUUGUUUUAGCAUUUGAGAAGAUUGUUCGUGAUAGUAGACAGCAAGUAAAAGGCGGGUCAGCUCAACCAAAUGUGAAACAGUUGCAGCAACGAAUUGGCAUCAAACCAAGUCUUGCAGAUUGCUUAGAUGGGCUUACUAUUCUUAGUGAGAUGCACCAAUCAGAGUACCGUCUUAAAUUGUCUCUGGUAUCAGCAACUUCAACACUUGCCUUGAGACCUAGUGUUACUGAUGAUUUAAGUGUCAUCCAGCAGCUUUUGGUAGAUCAGCCUAACAUCCCUAAAGAGGAAGUGCAAUUUAUAUUUGACGUCAUUUUCGCUGAAGACAUCUGUUGAUGCUCACAACUUGAGAGGGUGGUAAAAAUCUUGAAACUGGCACCAAGUGAAUGACCUUGCAAAAAGUGAUCGAGGAUUACAAUGUGAACACCCUUUGGGAGAUCUAUGGAGACUCAGUUGUAGAUCUAGCAGAGAACUUUAACGUGGCUACCAACAGAAAGCUAAGGGAAUGGGAAAUAUAUAUGACCAUGAGAAUUGCAGAACACCUUUCUGGUAUAUUUAGAGUUCAGCAUAUACUUACCUAUCCUAUUCCCCCUAUUUUUAGAUGUGGUUUUCUGUGAUAGGCCACAAAUUACAUUUGACUGUGAUGAUCUCAAAAAUAUUUUAUUUGUAUAAUACAGUAUUAACAUCUAAUUAUGAAUUGCAUAUACAAUUUGAUUAUCAAGUUGUGG